UUCUCCAAUAGUCCGACUUGAAGCAAGAAGGGGUCAAUGUAGUAUCAAACACCCUACACUCGGCAUCGAUUGUUCCGAAGUCUCUUUACCGGAACGGACUUGGUGGAUUGCAUUCUACAUUUGGGUGGACUAUUCUUCGUUUACUUUGUUGUUGACCAACUAAAGCCGCGUAUAGCACGUGUCGCAGAGAGUACAAAACUUUAAUAAAUAAUAGAACUUUAAAAAAUAUAUACCGAUAAUUAAAUAAAAAACAAAAUUAAUCGGUAAACAAAACAAUAAUAAACUUAUGCUAAACUUAUUGAGUGUUGUAACACGUGUUGUGUAAAUCUGUUGGAUGAUAAAAGUGAGAGUUGUAAUUUGUUUUUCCGGUUGAAGAUUUAAUAACUCUAAGAAAAUGUGGCGAACACUUUUACCGACGCUGAUUCCAAUGCUGGUGAAUGCCAAAAUGGAUUGUUCGAAAGCUGAGUAUGACAGAUGUAUACGAAUAGCUGAUCCUUUGGUUAAAGAAGCCCAUUUAGUUUUCCCAGACAAUUUAAAUGACAUAGAUCUAGUCUGCAACACGUGGAAUCAGUUUGUAGAUUGUUUAAAAGAAUAUACAGACGAAUGUUUCACAGACCAGCAGAGAAGACAGUUUAAUAGAGCUGUGGAGAGUCCCAUUGAAAGUGUACAUGAGAUGUGUACACAACCUACUUAUCAAAAAGAAUAUCUUCGAUACGCUCCCUGCAUCAAAAACACUGUUGUUCAAAGGUUACAUUGUGGACCACAAUAUAGUCUUCUUGUAGAUCAAGUAGAUCAAGGAGAUAUAAUUUCCAAGUCAACACUGUGUUGUUCUCAUGACAGAUUUAAACAAUGCGUACAAAGAGAAACAAGAAGACUCUGCGAUCGAGGUGUUGCAGAUGGUCCCGCUACUAGAUUUGCGACCCAGAUCAUAGAUAAAGCUUUAAGAUUUUUACAAGAACAAUGUAUUAACUAUAUCCCUAAUUCUGGGGACUGUAUUAUUCCCGGUUCAGAGCAGUAUGCAGACAGAACAGAUUCUAUGGUAAUAUCAACCUCAUCCAGUGAAAGCCAACCUUGGAGCACAUUUCAGGAUUUAAGACCGAAAGAAGACCUUCCUGUCAACAUAGGUCCGUCCAAACUUCCUUUCAGCCCCUCUAGAGUACCGUUCACAUCCUCCAAUUUUCCUUCAACUUACCCCUGGAGUUUUUCUUCUAGUGUUCCCACUGGUAGAAGCUUCGCAUCAAGUACAAAUGAUUUCUUAGGAUCUAGGACUCGUCCAGGUUCAUACGGAAGAGCAAGUUGGAGUGAUUCUAAUUCAGCAUUGACUGGAAAUACGUUACAAAUGUUCCCGGAGUCAUCUUCAACGAGGUCCAGUAUGCCGACACGACCUGAUUGGCAAUCGACUUCAGGUUGGAAUGCAAGACAAUCAACUACUAGUCCGAGUAUAUCAGGAAGUACAAGAGAUCCAUUAAGAAGUUUCUCACCAUCUUGGAGUACUCAAGAAUCAACAUCUGAAACGUGGUAUCCUGCUGCAGGAAACCAGAUCAACAAUGAAGUUGACGAACCCAACCAACUUGGUCUACAGAAACCUAAAAAUUCUGCUGAAGCUUUGCAAUCUAUGGGUUUAUUAUCAUUAGUUUUAGCAGUUGCCUUAGUUACCAUUACUUAAUUCUAAUUUUAAUUUUUGAUUAUUUUUUAUGUUAAUUUUUAAAAUUUAAUUUGAGAUUUAUUAUAACCGAUAUUAAUAUGAAUAUGAAAGAAACAUUAAUAAAAUUCGUAUUUUUUAAUUAAAUCUUUGAAACCAAUAUAUACUUAUUGCAAACUUUCUAAUUCAAAUACAAACGUUAUUUAUAAAUUAGAUACCAAAAAGUGCCUUUAACUAGAAUUUGCAUAAUUAUUAGUUCAGAAAGAUUCACUAUGGGCCAUUCCACGAACAUACGCCUGUUUUGGAUUACUUCGACAACGAAUAUUUUACUGUACAACAUAAGAAGUACGAAAGUAAAUGACGCUAAUAAUUAUUCCAAUAAACAACAAUGUAAUUUGCAAUUUACUUUCGUUCUUCUUAUUUUGCACAGUAAAAUAUUCGUUGUCGAAGUAAUCCAAAACAGGCGUAUGUUCGUGGAAUAGGGUAUAUUCUUAAUUCUGGAAAAUCAAUCAUAGUUGUCCGAUUUACUAAUAAUUAAUCUUUCGAUGAAACCGCCCAAUAAUUAAAAAGUCCAGUUUUCGAAAUGGUCUUACAUAUUUAGUUUUUUUAAAACACGCUCUUAUACGAUGGAGGAUUAUGAAGUGAGUUACCCUAGCCGCAAGCCCCUUUCACUUGCCAUAGACAGAUCCAACACACCAACGUAUUGUAAUAUACGUAACAAUACAUUUAGAUUUUUAAACUACUACGUUAAUCUUUUCGUUUCCUGGACAGAAUCUGAAUCAUCGAUCACUAGAUCAUUUACAGUGAAGUGAAUGCGAUUCUUUUGCUUAUCUGACCGACGAUAUAAGCAUAACUUUUAGUAUUCUGUGUGACACAAAAUGGGAUUAAUGAUGGAGAAUAUACAAUUUUUACUGUAGCGAGACAAAAUGCUACGUUCUCUCAAAACUAGACUUUGACACAAGAAGCAUACAACGAAUGUUAACCUCACGCCUAAAAGAUCUAGUAUGCUGCGAUGAUAUAAGCUUUUUAGGGCAAAGGUUCCAAGAUGUUGCUGACCAACCGACAACGCUUUUCACUGAAGCCAGCAAAGUAUGUAUAUCAGAGUGUCAUCAACAGAGAGCGAAGUCACGAAAAACGAUAUCCGUAGGACAAUACAAAAAGCUUAGCAAGCAUUGAUCUUGCUUAGCUUUGGUGUGGGAUCAGUACACGCUACAAAGGUAGACCGAAUAUUCUAGUCGAAUGUAAAGUCUACUUUACGGAUGUGAAACCUGGUAGAUGACAAAAUCUUCUUCUUCGUAGGGUGCCUGUCCGUUCCGAAAGUUGGCGAUUAUUCUGGGUAUGAUGACUUUGUUGGUUGCUAUGCGGAAUAGUUGUGUUGACGUCUUUCUAUACCAUGCUCUCAGGUUAAUAAGCCAGGAUAUUCUUCUUUGUCCUGGGGCCCUCAUUAUAUGUCCCAAGUACUGCAGCUUACGGCCUAUGACAAAAACCCUUACAGACAAACUGAAGGUCUUGUUAACGACUUUUAAAGAAUUGUUCGUACUUUGUUCCUAACACUAUUAGAAAAAAAGAUCUACCGCUGUUUGAACAGAAGGAGCUAGAGAAUGAAUUAAAGACCAGAAAGUGGGGUUUGAUUGGCCACACGCUUCGCAAAAGUAGCUCCUAUAUUGAAAACGCUUCCCGAGAGUGAAAACCUUAAGGAAAAAGAAAAAGGGGACCCCUAUAUUUUAAUAUUAUGCUGUGACAGCAAAAUGUCGUUCAGAAAGCAAUACAUUUGUUUAACUAUUAUUUUCACUUAUAGAUUAUAUUAAUACAAGUGCCUUAUUUUUAAUGAGCAAUGUUAUUAAUGUUUCUAUUCUAAAUAACCUGUUAUUCUAAAUACAUGCACUAUUACUUUUGAUUUAUACUAUUAUAUCAAAUGUGUGAUAUUGGAGUGAUCACCAAAGAAUCUGGUAGUGAUUGUUACUAUGUAGCAAUCUGUUAUUCGUCUUUCUUGAGCUCACAUAUAAAAGCAAGACUCUUUAACAAUAUUCAAUAGGAAUUGAAACAUUAUAAUAUUGAAAUAAUUGAUAGAUUCGACCGUUAAUAUUUGGUCUGUUAAAAGUGCUCAUAAGUAUAAUAUAUGUUUGAGAAGGAUACGAAACAAAACUAACCAGAUUCAUAACACCAAGAGAGAAACAAAACAAAAAUUGAGACAACAUAUCAAACAUAACUAUGAGACAUAUUAUGUAAAUAACACAAAUACUGACAAAUACAGGCAGCGUAGUCACAAAAUUGACGCAGCAGGAAAGACCAUAGACACAAAAAAGAAAAAAAAAAUUAAAAAGGGAAUUGUUCAAUCACAGUAGUAAUGAGGCCAUACAGAAAAGGAA